CCCCGCCCUCAAAUUCCGUCACAAACCCGGAAGUGUGUGACGUUGUACCUUAGACUGAAAGUGACGGUGAACGUCUUGACAUUUUGCUUAUUUUCUCUACUUAGAAGUGCCGUUUUUUGUUUUUUAAAAUAUAUUUAAGAUACGUAGUUUUGUUUUCGUCGCGUGGCUCGUAAACAGGAGACAAUGCGCGUUACUUUAGCGGCUGUGUUGUUGGUUUCGGUGUGUGUGUUCAUUUCCGAAGAUGCUGUAGCCCAGGAGAAAACUGCCCCAUUGGACGACGAGAAGGACGUGGCAACUGCCCCAUCGGACGGCGAGAAAAAUGGAAGUACUGCCCAAUUGGACGACGAGAAAAAUGGAACUACUGCCCAAUCGGACGGCGAGAAAAAUGGAACUACUGCCCAAUCGGACGGCGAGAAAAAUGGAACUACUGCCCAAUCGGACGGCGAGAAAAAUGGAACUACUGCCCAAUCGGACGGCGAGAAAAAUGGAACUACUGCCCAAUCGGACGGCGAGAAAAAUGGAACUACUGCCCAAUCGGACGGCGAGAAAAAUGGAACUACUGCCCAAUCGGACGGCGAGAAAAAUGGGACAACGGGCCAAUCGGACGGCGAGAAAAAUGGGACAACGGGCCAAUUGGACGACAAGAAGAGUGAGCCACCGGGCCAAUCGGACGACAAGAAGAGUGAGCCACCGGGCCAAUCGGACGACAAGAAGAGUGAGCCACCUGGCCAAUCGGACGGCAAGAAGAGUGAGCCACCUGGCCAAUCGGACGGCAAGAAGAGUGAGCCACCUGGCCAAUCGGACGACAAGAAGAGUGAGCCACCUGGCCAAUCGGACGGCAAGAAGAGUGAGCCAACUGGCCAAUCUGACAAGAAGACGACCACCCCGCCAGAUGAUGCAUUACAGAAGACGACCAGUAAUCCUAACAAACAACUGAAUGAAGAACAACAAACCACCACUUUGAAAGAAGAUACAGAGGUUGAGGCAGAAGGAGAGAGUGAGGCAGAAGGGAAGGGUAAUGUUGAGGAUGAGGUAGAAGGAGAGGAUAAUGUUGAGGAUGAGAUAGAAGUAGAGGGUAAUGUUGAGGAUGAGAUAGAAGUAGAGGGCAAUGUUGAGGUAGAAGGAGGGGGUAAUGUUGAGGGAGAGGGUGAGACUAUCAUUGAUGGUGGUGACGGCGAUAAAGACCUCGGGGGCGAAGAUGAACUUGACGGUGUCGUUCAGUUGGAGAAGAACAGGGGGCAGAAAGAGGUGAUCACCCCCACGCAGGAGGGGGAGAGCAGUCACUUCUUCGCCUACCUCGUCUCCACUGCCUUACUGGUGGCCAUCCUGUACAUCGGAUAUCACAACAAGCGCAAGAUCUUUGCUUUUGUGCUUGAGGGCAGGAGGGCGAGGUACACACGGAGACCCAAAACAUCAGACUAUCAGAAACUUGGUUAUCACUGAGUUCGACGAGCCGUGGCGAUGCUGUGACCUGCAGGAGAUCGUCGUGACUUUAAACCGCUCGACUCUCUCUCUGUCCUCGUUAUGACCUGAUGGCUUUUUUUGUUUUGUUUAUUUUUGUUUUGUUUAAAGUACAGCAUGGUUUGAAGGUUACAGUUUUUUGUUUUUUUUUUUCCUUCUGUUUUAGUCCAGUCUAUUCUCAAAGGGUUUUGUUUUAGAGAUCAUGUCGCUGUCGGGUUUCCCCCCCCCCCCCCUUUUUUUUUGCCUGUCGGUUUGUUUAAUAUGACGCUUGACUUAAAAGUGUAUAUAUGGGUUCGUUCUGUGAGUGAGUGAGUGAGUGAGUGAGUGAGUGAGUGAGUGAGUGAGUGAGUGAGUGAGUGAGUGAGUGAGUGAGUGAGUGAGUGAGUGAGUGAGUGAGUGAGUGAGUGAGUGAGUGAGUGAGUGAGUGAGGGAAGGAAGGAAGGAAGGAAGGAAGGAAGGAAGAGAGAGAUGCCUGUUAAACUGAGAUCAGGGAGAUCUGAUUGGUUGUUAGGAAUAAAAGCUUAAAAUGAAUUCAGGGCUAUUUAUUGAUGAAGUAAAACUCUUCGCGCAGGCCGGGCCGUGGCAAUGUGCGAGAGAAGCACGCAGACCUCGUAAAGCUCUGUGGACAAGUGGUAAAGACCUCGUCUCUGAGCUUUUAACCCAGUUAAAAAUUUAGAUAUAUUUUUGGCUCCAAGCCAGCUUCAAACACACCGGGUGUUCAAUGUUGUAAAAGUAAGCAGAGUUAAAAGCACAGAUAGAGAGAUUUAUAUUCUGUCCUGUUGCACUGGUGUGUGUGUGUGUGUGUGUGUGUGUGUGUGUGUGUGUGUGUGAAAGUAAAAAAGUCUCAGGAUGCUACAGAGCUCUACAGAGCGAUCUCCUGAUGUCAAGCGGACACCGGAACGGUUUCUAGUGACCACUGCAGAUGGGUUUGACGUUUUAAAGUGGCUAAAUUCACGCCGGUUUAUUUUGGACUCUGACGUAGUGAACGGUUCACGCUGCAGCUCCACUGAUGCACUUUUCAAUACGAUACCACAAUCAAAUCUCAAGUCCGGUCUCCAGUAAAGUGAAACGACCAAACCACCUCCACUGUUACAGCGACGACGCAGUGAUGACCGUAGCUUCUACACCGCUACGAAUGCGUACCGCGAUAUUGCAGUUUAUCACGAGUAUCGUGUCGGUCCUGACGCGGGUAUCGUACCGGUGCGGCCCUGAUUAAGACCUCAGAGAUUUUUGCUGCUUUCAUGUGAAUUUUUUGUGUGUGUGUGUUCUUUCGUGAUGUGGGUGUAUGGGUGAUUUCGCGGUCUGAGCUCAUGUAGACAGGCUGAAUUCAAGUGCGUCGUGCUGAAUGUAGACAGGAUGUCGACUUUACAUAGCCAUAUGAAGAUAAAAGCGGUGGAUGAUCCACUGACUUUAGACUCGGGAAAGAUUUAUUGUCUUUUUGAGCUGUGAUUCUGUUUUCUGUCGAAGUCGAGACCAAAAAAAUGGCAACUUCAAUCUUUUUUUUGUUUGCUGUAAUGUCUCUUUCCUCCCCAAAAUGUCAAAUUCCUUUGUAUGGGUAACGUGUGUGUGUGUGUGUGUGUGUGUGUCAGUGCCACAACUCGCGUGACGUGAACAAAGGCUUCACACAACCACUGUUUAAAUACUAGAUAAAGAAAAUAUGAACGUGUUUCUGUCUGUGGUCCGAUUGUUUUUUUUUUUUUUUUUAUUAUUUUUUUUACAUUAAUUUUUUUCUUUCAUUCAUUUGUGACUUAAAGAUACUGCUUUUGGAUAAAAUAUAGAUAAAUAAAUCUUUUAAUUCCUUAA